AUGCUGGGUCUAAUACCAGCAGCAUGCCUGGCUGCCCUAGCACUCUUCCCCCAAGCAGCGAACCCCCAGGGCCUCCCCCAACCACUGCCAUCUCAGGGCUUCGGCGCCCUCGAGUGCCUGCCGAUAACAGCGAGCAACGCAAGCGUGGAAAUCUCCCCGUCCGGCGAUCCCGUGAUGCUAGAAACCACAGGCGUCUACCUGCGCGCGACUGGCUCCGUCGAGGAAGGGCUGUACCUCGGAUACGCGGUCCGCGAGGGCUUCACCAAGAUCCUUCGGGCGUACGGGUCGACCGAUGGCGGCGGCUCGUGGCAGCAGCUCGGGGACGUGGAACGCGGCGACAACCGGACCCGCGAGCUGGACAACGCCUUCCCCCUUGUGCUCCCCGCCGGGUUCCCGGGGACCGGGGACGGCCCCGGAACGGGCGGGCGGAACGCGUCCAACAGCAGCAGCGCGAGCGGGGACGGGGGGAAGCAGCAGCACCCCCCGGGCAGGAUCCUCUACUCCUACAGGAACCACGACAGGUCCCCGAACAACACCCUCGGCGUGCCGGACAACUACACCUUCUACCGGCUGUCCGUCUCGGCGUCCGACGACGGCGGGCGCAGCUGGGCGCUCCUCAGCGACAUUGACACGCGCGCCGCCAACAACGGGUCCGCGGACCUCAACGGGCUGUGGGAGCCGUUCCUGCGCGUCGCGGCUGACGGGGCCACGCUACAGGCGUACUACUCGGCCGAGAACGACGCGGGGGACCAGGACAGCCUGGUGCGGGAGUCGAGCGACGGCGGGAGGACGUGGGGCAGUCGGCGGGUCGUCUCUGGCGCGGACAGGGUUCGUAGCCGGGACGGGAUGACGGGUGUCGCUCGUCUGGGGGGCGGAGACGAUGAUGACGGGAGCAGGCUAAUCUUGUUCUUCGAGACGACCGAGUCGGGCCGCUUCGACGUGCGGCGGGUGUUGUCGCCCGACGACGGGCAGACGUGGCCGUCAGAGACGCGGGCGAGGGUAUACGACCCGCUGGACGAGGAGAGGCAGGCGUCCGCGCCGGCGGGAGUCGUCAACGUCGGGGGCACGCUGGUGGCUGGGUUCAUGACGAACGAGGGGACGAACUCGAGCGGGACCGUGCCUGGGGACUUCAAGGUUGUCAGCAGCGUGGACGGCGGGGAGACGUGGAGCAAGAGCGUGCUGAUCGCGCGCGAGGCGGUCUGGCCUGGGCUGUAUUCGCUUGGGAGGGACCGGUUCCUGGCUAUGUACAGUUUCGAUACGCAUGAGGGCGAUUAUGUGGCUGCUACUAGAGUGUUUGAGUUGCAGAGAGGAUGA